GCAUGCUGGGACAGCGGUCGUUCGGCGCUCGGUUGCUCGCGCCUGCCAGUUGCUAGGAGCCGGGGACGCCAGCCUCGCUGCCGCGGCCUGCGAGCGGCGAUGGAGCCCGGGAAGAGAAGAACGAAAGAUGAUACUUGGAAAGCAGAUGACCUCAGAAAACACCUCUGGGCCGCACACUCAGGUAAUCCCAAGGGAGAUAAGAAGCACAGAGAAAAAAAGCUUCGUAAGGAGUCAGAAGUGGACUUCCCUGAAGACAAAGAGCAAAAGCACAGGGACCCGGACCGAGACACCAAGCACAGAGAGAGGCCUGCUGAGAGAGACGGUCACGCGCCCAGAGAGAACCCUCGUGGGGACAGAGACCGAGAAAAGCCAAGGGAAAAGAAAAAGGACUCCAGAGACCGGGACAGAGAAAGGCACAAAGAGAAAUACCGAGAGCAGGACACAGAGAAGUCUCACAGUCGAGGAAAAGACAGGGACAAGGACAGAGAGCGCAGAGCGAGGAGGGAGGAGCUGAGGCAGACGGCCCAGCACAACCUGCUGGGCUGGCAGCUCCCGGAGCCGGCGGAGCGCAGGGCGCGGGCAGGCAGCAAAGCAAGAGCGGAAGAGAAGGAGAGGAGAGACGAAGGCUCUGAAUGGGGGGAUGAAGAGAGGGAGAGGCGGUACCGAGAAAGAAAGCUGCAGUACAGUGACAGUCAGGACAAUCCUGUUCAGUACUGGCUUUACAAAGAAGGAGGCGAGCGGAGACACAGGAGGCAGAAAGAAGCAGAUCGAGAGCGGAGACAUCGAGAAAAAAGCAGCAUGAGGGAAAAAAGAGACAAGCACUCAAGAGAAAAAAGUAACUCGUUCUCUGACAAGGAAGGGGAAGACAGACACAGAGAGAAGCGUCACAGGGAAGGCGCUCGUCUCGACGAAGAGAGGCACCCCGGUGACACGGGUAGAAAAGAGAGGUCGUCAAGAGAGGAGCUGAGGAAAAGAGAGUCCAAGGACAGUGAGCACAGAAAUCGGGGUGCAAGUUCAAGGAGAGAUCCGACCAGCAGCCAGGAAGGAUCAUGCACUCUCUGGUAUGCAGAGAGUUUAGUAAGAAAUAAUGGAAAAGAUAAAGACUCAAGAAAGAAGAGCUGCCGAGAGGGCUCUGCAGUGUGGAAGCAGGCUCUGAGGCCAGGAAGUGCAGAAAUUGCGGAAAUUGAAAAGGAAGACACUGAUAUAGAAAAUGCUGGAACUGAUGAAUAUACACCUUGUUUGGAAGAUGAUUUUGAAGACUACGAAGAUGACUUUGAGGUUUGUGAUGGAGAUGACGAUGUCUCAAAUGAACUGGAACCAAAAGAGAAAAUCGAAGAGCUUCCUCUGGCUAGAAAAAAGGAGAUACAAGAAAUUCAGGAAGCCAUUAAUGCAGAAAACGAAAGGAUUGGCGAGUUGUCCUGCAAACUGUCUCAGAAGCAAGGUCUGACGGAGGGUGAGAGGGAGGCAGAGACAGAUGCAAACAGUUCCCCUUCCAGAGCCCCUGUUUGUGGAAUUUUCAUGGAUUUUGCGACAGCCUCACGCCGACAGAAGAGUCGGACUCAGGCCCUUAAGCAAAAGGCACGCAGUACAAAACUGCUUCGGCUCAUUGACUUGGAUUUUUCACUCACUUUCUCUCUCUUGGACCUACCACCAGUAAAUGAGUAUGACAUGUAUAUCAGAAACUUCGGGAGAAAAAACACCAAGCAGGCAUAUGUUCAGUACAAUGAAGAUAAUGUUGACAGAGACACCCAGACCGAAGAGGUAGAGACCAGGGGAGUGUGGAGCCAGCACCCGGGAGAGGGCACGGCCGUGUCAGGGGGGAGUGGCAGCGGAGAUCCCUGUGACACUGGUGCCCCGAAGGUCAACACGCCCAGGCUGUCCCGCUUCCUUCGGGCCGCUUGCCAGGUGAUUGCGGUUUUGCUGGAAGAGGACCGUAUGGCAUUGGAGCCCAGCUGGAGCCCCGCAGCACAGGACAGCGCCCUGCGUAUCAGUGACAGCGCCUCCCAGCUGAAUACCAGCCUGCCGUUCCUCCAGAAUCGGAAAGUAUCCUGCUUAUGUGCCUCUCAGGUGCAGAGGCAGACAGUGGUAUCUGUCCACGGGCCGCCUGGAGCAGCAUUUGAUCCCGCGCUGGAUGGCAGAUACGUGCUGUGUGUGUGGGAUAUCUGGCAGCCUUCAGGGCCGCAGAAGGUCCUGAUAUGUGAGUCAGAGGUCACGUGUUGCUGCUUUAGCCCUCUUAAGGCCUUUUUACUGUUUGCCGGAACAGUGCACGGCUCAGUCCUCGUGUGGGACCUACGAGAAGACUCCAGAAUACAUCACUAUGUGAAGCUGGGUGACUGCUUCUGGACGUUCAGGACAGCAACGUUUUCUACUGACGGCCUCCUGACUUCAGUAAACCACCGCGGUCCCGUUCAAGCCGUAGAACCCAUCUCUACGUCUGUCUACAAAAAACAGAGUUUUGUGCUUUCCCCCUUUUCUACCCAAGAAGAAAUGUCAGGUUUGUCGUUCCACGUUGCUUCCCUGGAGGAGAGUGGGGUUCUCAACGUUUGGGUGGUGGUUGAACUACCGAAGGCAGAUCUCGCAGGCUCACUAAGUGACUUAGGUUUAAUACCUGGAGGGAGGAUAAAAUUGGUGCACAGCGCCACGAUUCAGCUGAGCGACAGCCUUUCCCAUAAAGGCUAUGAAUUCUGGGGGGCCGCACAAACCCUCAGUGUGAAGUUUCUUCCUUCAGAUCCUGGUCACUUCAUUGUUGGCACAGACAUGGGUCUUAUAAGUCAUGGCACCAGACAGGACUUGAGAGUAUCUCCCAAAUUGUACAAACCCCAGCAGUGUGGGAUGAGACCAGUCAGAGUGAAUGUGAUGGAUUUUUCACCAUUUGGAGAACCAAUAUUCUUGCCGCAGUCCAGUCCUGACCGUCAGGAAGCUAGCACUGGCGCAGUCCUGUCUUCUGAUGGACGAGGCUCUUCCACGUUCCACGGCCAUCCCGAUAAUGUCCUGCUGUGUAAGCAAAAUAACACCCAGGUUGCGAAUCUCAUUCGGUUUGGGGACAGUUCCUCAGUCUCUCCUGCCCUUGACAUUUUUGAAGUCUUGGGAUUCUCCUCAGUUUGAGUCUGUGUGACGUUUCCUCACGAUUAGAUUCAGUGUUGCUCUGACCUGUGUCUCCAGGCUCCCUCUGCAGUGGAGUCACCACUCUCCCUGUCUGGUUACCGAGUAUCUGUGGGGAGAUAAAGGGACACUACGUCAGCACCCCACGUACGGCCCCUCCGAUCCCCCCGCUGGCCCUGGCACCCCUCGGCGAGGCUUGCCUGCAUCUGCUAUUGGGGCGAUUGGCAGAUGGUGAUUUUCUAGGCCUUUCCCUUGUCUCCUGCUCAGGUGUGCUUGUGUGUAUUUAUUACGUGCGUGUGGACACGUGGCUGUUCACUCUCUUCAUUGGGUUACAUCCCUCACUGUACUGCCUUAUUGAUUCCGCUGCUCAGACUGUCCUAGGGAUGUGCCUCAGGCUGGUUUUGUGUUUUCUGACAUCAUUCUGUGAGCCAUUCUUUGCUUCCUGGUACAGCAAAUUCAGAAUCAGCCUUUUUUCCAAGAGGUCCUGGCUCCAGUCAGGAGAAAAAUACCUACAAACCAGAAUCUGGGCAGGAAGAAGCUCUCCUUGGACAGGACACAACAUCGCUACACGCUCGGAUCUUUGUUUAUCAUAAACACGUGCUUGUCCCUCAUCUUUAAAGCCAGGGUGACUUAGGGCUCCCUCUACCCCCCGACAGUGGGGGACCUGGCUCCUCCGACCUGUGUUGUAUGUUUAUGUGCUCAACCCUAGGGUGCACAGAACAUUUUGUGGUUGCUAACUCAUGCCUCUGCUCUUUUUGAGGAAGGAUGUGAAGGAUUAAAUAUAUUGAGUAGAAAGGAAUUAAGCUUCUCUUCCUAAGCUUAAAAUUUGGUUUUUUACUAAAUCAGCCAAGUUUCAUUUUAUAAAAACUUCAAUCCAAGGAGAAUAUAUCACUUAUUGUUUCAAAUUUAUGUACUUUUUUUAAAAAGGCGGUUCUUUAUUUCUCUGGAGCCAGUCUAAUGGCCUGUGGGCAAAUUAGCAAUGUUCAACUUUGUUAAAGAUAAACACUGGUUUAUAUGUUCACUGAAUUCAUCAUUAGCCAUUUGGGGAAGGGGAAGGGUUCAAGGUGUAUCAGGGUCUCCAGGGUGGAUGCUCACCUUUGUAGUUUACGAGGACAGAGCUAAUGCUCUGAGCGUCCCUCGCUGCUGAGGUUGAGGGAACAAGAAAAAAGGACCG